AUGUUGUCCCUUGCCGUGUCGGCCGCCCUUCUCGGGUUGGCAUCCGCCCAGCAGGUCGGAAAGGAGCAGUCCGAGACUCACCCCAAGCUGAGCUGGAAGAAGUGCAGUGGAAGUGGUUCCUGUACCGCGACCAACGCCGAAGUGACCAUCGACUCCAACUGGCGAUGGCUUCACUCUACUUCCGGCACGACUAACUGCUACGACGGCAACGAGUGGACUUCAGAGUGUAGCUCCGCUGAGGACUGCGCCACCAAGUGCGCCAUCGAGGGUGCCGACUACAGCAAGACCUACGGUGCCUCCACCAGCGGUGACGCUCUUACCCUCAAGUUCCUCACCAAGCACGACUACGGUACCAACAUCGGUUCCCGAUUCUACCUGAUGAACGGCGCGGACAAGUACCAGACUUUCUCCCUCAAGGGAAACGAGUUCACCUUCGAUGUCGACCUCUCCACCGUCGACUGUGGUCUUAACGCCGCUCUUUACUUCGUCGCUAUGGAGGAGGAUGGUGGCAUGGCCAGCUACCCCAACAACAAGGCCGGUGCCAAGUAUGGUACCGGUUACUGUGACGCUCAGUGUGCCCGUGACCUGAAGUUCGUCGGAGGCAAGGCCAACGUCGAGGGAUGGAAGCCAUCCACCAACGACGCGAACGCCGGUGUCGGCCCGUACGGUGCCUGCUGUGCUGAGAUCGACGUCUGGGAGUCCAACUCUCACUCCUUCGCCUUCACCCCCCACCCUUGCACUGACAACAACUACCACGUCUGCGAGAAUGACGGUUGCGGUGGUACCUACUCCGACGACCGAUUUGCCGGAAAGUGUGACGCCAACGGUUGUGACUACAACCCGUACCGCAUGGGCAACCACGACUUCUACGGCAAGGGCAAGACCGUCGACACGAGCAAGAAGUUCACCGUCGUCAGCCAGUUCGCCGACAACAAGCUGACCCAGUUCUUCGUCCAAAACGGCAAGAAGAUCGAGAUCCCCGGCCCCACCGGCUCCGGCUUCCCCGCCACCGCCGACAUCACCCCUGAAUACUGUAAAGCUGAGACUACUGCCUUCGGUGACCGUGACCGCUUCACUGAGGUCGGCGGCUUCGACCAGCUCAACUCCGCUCUUGAUAUCCCCAUGGUCCUUGUCAUGUCCAUCUGGGACGACCACUACGCCAACAUGUUGUGGCUCGACUCUAGCUACCCCCCUGAGAAGGCCGGUCAGCCCGGUGGUGACCGUGGUGACUGCGCCCAGGACUCUGGUGUUCCCUCCGACGUCGAGGCUAAGAUCCCCGAUGCCAAGGUCGUCUGGUCCAACAUCCGCUUCGGACCUAUUGGCUCUACCGUCACUGUCUAA